CGCAUCCUCCGUUCAAUUUUUAUUUCCAGUUUAGUCUUUAACAUCCCGUGCUACUUGGUGGUGUCGGGACGGUAAACGUUUUAACGAAAAAUAAGCCCGUAAUUACUGACCGUACCGGUAGUAAUAAAAGUUUCACGCGCCCCAACGAUUUGGUGAGCAUUUGAGAGCCAAAUAAUAUGAGAACACCAACAGUCUACCCGCGCGAAGGCUUCAGCGUCGUCGAGGACGGCGAAACGCUGAGAGGCGCGAUGAAAGGCUUCGGUACAGACGAGGAGGCCGUAAUCGACAUCAUCUGCACGCGUUCGAACUGGCAACGGCAGCAAAUCGCCGCCUUCUUCGAGGAACAACUGGGAAGGGAUCUCAUUGACGAUUUGAAGAGCGAGUUGGGGGGCAACUUCGAAGACGUGAUCGUCGCGUUAGUGCGUCCGCCCACCGAGUACCUCUGCAAGCACUUGCACAGGGCGAUGAAGGGUGCCGGUACCGACGAAGACACGCUAAUCGAAAUUUUGUGCACGAGGAACAACGACGAGAUACGCGAGAUUGUCGAUACGUACGAGCAAAUGUACGACAGGCCGUUAGCGGAGCAAAUGUGCAGCGAGACAUCGGGCGACCUGCGCCGUCUACUAACAUUUAUCGUCACUUGUACGCGGGACGAUAGUAACGAAGUCGAUUGCGAACGAGCCCGCGAGCAAGCCGAGGAACUCUACGCUGCCGGAGAAGGUCGACUAGGUACCGAAGAGAGUUCGUUCAGUAAAAUUUUGGGACACGAGAACUUCGAUCAGCUCCGUCAAAUUUUCGAGGAGUACAAAAACGUUUCGGGUAAUACGAUCGAGCAGGCGCUGAGGCACGAAGUCGACGGGGACUAUUUAAAAGCGCUACUCGCCGUCGUGGAAUGCGUGCAGAGUCCACCGGCUUACUUCGCCAAACGUCUGUACGGGGCGAUGAAAGGCGCGGGUACCGAUGACGAAACCUUAAUUCGUAUCAUCGUCAGCCGUUCCGAGAUCGAUUUAGGUUCGAUUAAGGAGGAGUUCGAGAGAAUUUACGACAAGACGCUGGAAAGCAUGGUCGCGCAGAACGAGACCUCUGGCGAUUAUAAACGCGCAUUGUUGGCACUUCUUCGUUAAUUAAUUAAUGGAGUGGACUGGUAAACGUUGACAAUUCUCCAUGUAUACGUUUUCAUUAUAUACCUACAGAAGUAUUUUAAUUGUUAUAAUUCAACCAUAUAAUGUUAUAUUUGUAUUCAUUAUUAUUAAAGAUUUACAUACAUUUA